ACUACCUCGACUCGGCACUGUGCACGAUAACACCGCCAAACGCGAUGGACUCUACUGAACUCAUCAGGCUCGACGGGGGUAUGCUCGAGGGCGGUGGCCAACUCCUCCGCAUCGCCAUCGCGCUUUCUGCCCUCUUGUCCAAACCCGUAGCCAUCGACAACAUACGCGCGGGUCGCCAGUCUCCGGGCCUGAAGAACCAGCAUGUCGCAGGUCUACGACUCGUUGCAGAGAUCCGCUCAGCACGGCUAGAAGGAUGCGAGGUCAAGUCUACCUCGAUCACAUUCUACCCUACCGUCAAGCCACAGACUUCCAAGCCCUACACAGCCGAUCCCAAGACAGCGGGCUCCAUCGCUCUUCUGCUGCAAGUGUCGUUGCCUUGCCUCAUCUUCGCACCUUCUACCACCGGGCCACCAUCCGAGCUCAUACUGCGCGGAGGCACAAACGCCCCACAAGCGCCCCAAAUCGACUAUAUGCAGCAUGUUCUUCUACCGUUCAUCCAGAAGCAUUUCGGCGUGCCCGCUACGCUUAGCGUCCCAACGCGUGGAUACUACCCCAAAGGCGGCGGCGAGGUCCACGUCUCGGUGCCUCCCGUACUCGGCCCGCUGCCUGCGGUGACACUCAUCCAGCGGGGCGCGGUCAAAGUGAUCCAUGGGCGGUCCUACGUCGCUGGUCUGCCUAAGAGCCUUGCCGAGGCCAUGCGCGUCGGUGCCAUAAAUGUGCUAGCUGAGUCUGGCGUGGACACCGCGCUCAUCAGUAUCGACGCGGUGCGAGAGAAGCCCUCCGAUGCAUUUGGAAGCGGCUCCGGCGUCGUGUUGUGGGCGGAGACGGAGAACGGCUGCAUCCUCGCCGGGAGCGCGCUUGGGAGCAAGCGCAUUGAUCCCGCACAGGUGGGACGGGAUGCCGCCAGGGAGCUCGCAGCGAACCUCGCCCACGGUGGCUGCGUAGACGAGUACUUGCAGGAUCAAAUGAUUAUAUUCAUGGCUCUCGCGCGAGGCAAAUCGAAAGUGAAGACUGGGCCGUUGACCCUACACACAAGAACAGCGUUAUGGGUUGCCGAGCAGCUGACCGAUGCCAAAUUCUCUAUCGAGGAGCUAGAGGACUCCAUAGUCGUAGAAUGCGAAGGAACAGGUUAUUGCUUGUCAUGAAAUCAAUUAGCUCGGGUCAUGGACGAGGGCCGAGUGUACAUGUAUGCCUGCAUACGUUCGUCGAAUUUGUAAUCACAAAAC